GCGGCGCGCGCGGAUGACGUCACUGCCGGGACCGGGCCAGCCGCGUGUUUCCCGGGAACUUCCGGUUCCGGGGGGCGGAGCGUCCCCGCCAUGGACGAUCUGAUCCUCAACGUUGAUUUCUCUGCCCCGGAGCGCCGCUCCAAGAAAGAACCGGGGAACCGAAAGCACCAGAGCUUCGUGCGGCGGCGCCGGGAGCUGGAGCGCCGCGGGGUCCUGCGGCAGAAACAGCUCCCGGCAGCGGCACCGGGAGCGCCCCGGCCGGGCCGGGCACGGCGUGGAGGGGCCAAACGCUGUCCCAAGGAGAACGGUGCUGCCACCACCUCCCGGUGCCCGCCGGUAUCACAGAACGGCCCCAAGGACAAGGCUCGGGGAGCAGCUCUUGCAGCACCCCCGGUGUCCCAGAACGGCCCCACCGGUACCGGAGCCCCCACUCAGAGCAAGGCCAAGGCUCGGGGGGCGGCCCAGAAGGGCCCCACCGGUACCGGAGGCAAGGCCAAGGCUCGGGGCGCUGGCACUGCCCCCCCGGCACCCUCCAAGCUGGUGGCCCUGGACUGUGAGAUGGUGGGCACGGGCCCCGGCGGGCGCACCAGCGCCCUGGCACGCUGCAGCAUCGUCACCUACGAGGGGGACGUGGUGUACGACCGGUACGUGCGGCCCGAGGCCGCCAUCGUGGAUUACCGGACCCGCUGGAGCGGCAUCCGCCCGCGGCACAUGGCACAGGCCGUGCCCUUCCGCCGGGCACAGCAGCAGAUCCUGCAGAUCCUCGCUGGCAAGGUGGUGGUGGGCCACGCCAUCCACAACGACUUCAAGGCUCUGCACUACUGCCACCCCAAAGCCCUGACCAGGGACACGUCGCAGAUCCCGCUGCUGAACCGCAGGGCCGGCUUCCCUGAGAACGUCAACAUCUCCCUGAAACGCCUCACCAAGGCCCUGCUCAACCAGGACAUCCAGGUGGGGAAAAGCGGCCACUCCUCGGUGGAAGAUGCCCGAGCCACCAUGGAGCUCUACAAGGUGGUGGAGCAGGAGUGGGAGCAGCACCUGCAGCAGAACCCCGAGCAGAAGUGACACCCUGGGGGGCUCAGAGUGACACCCUGGGGGGCUCAGAGUGACACCCUGGGGGGCUCAGAGUGAC